UGCGCGCUCUGCCCAUCGCCUCCCGCACUGGGAAUUAUUAACCUGUUAUUAUUAGUAGUGUUAUUAUCGUCUGGCGCCAUGGAUGCGACUAUCUACCAGAUCAUAUUCGGAGAGCUCGGGGACCUGAACUGUAGUUUGAUGGACGCCUUCCAGGACACUUUUUUGGAAAACGCUUCAUUGUCAUUGCUGAGCACUGAUGGUUUUUAUUGCAAUGCCACCACCGAUGAGAUUGGAACGUGCUGGCCGCGGAGCAGCACCGGCAGGAUCGUGGAGAGACCCUGCCCGGAGUACAUCAACGGGGUGAAGUACAACACAACCAGGAGUGCUUACAGGGAGUGCAUGGAUAAUGGGACGUGGGCGUUGAAGAGCAAUUACUCCAAUUGUGAGCCCAUUUUGGAGGAGAAGAGGAAGUAUCCGAUGCAUUAUAAAGUGGCGCUGAUCAUCAACUACCUUGGCCACUGUAUCUCUGUGGGAGCUCUAGUCGUGGCCUUCAUUCUCUUCUUGUGCUUAAGGAGCAUUCGAUGUCUUCGAAACAUCAUCCACUGGAAUUUGAUCACCACCUUCAUCCUGAGGAAUGUUAUGUGGUUUUUGCUUCAGUUGAUAGAUCACAAUAUUCAUGAGAGCAACGAGCCUUGGUGUCGGUUUAUAACGACAAUAUACAACUACUUUGUGGUGACCAACUUUUUUUGGAUGUUUGUUGAAGGAUGUUACCUCCACACAGCCAUCGUAAUGACUUAUUCGACCGAUAAGCUCAGGAAGUGGGUCUUCCUCUUCAUCGGCUGGUGUAUUCCCUUUCCUAUAAUAGUAGCCUGGGCCAUAGGAAAGUUGUACUACGAAAACGAACAAUGUUGGUUUGGUAAAGAACCUGGAAAAUAUAUGGAUUAUAUUUAUCAGGGACCAGUUAUUCUUGUUCUUCUGAUAAAUUUUGUUUUCCUCUUCAACAUAGUGAGAAUUCUUAUGACCAAACUACGAGCUUCCACUACGUCUGAGACGAUACAAUACAGAAAAGCUGUGAAAGCAACACUGGUCCUGCUUCCUCUGCUGGGCAUCACCUACAUGCUCUUCUUCGUGAAUCCGGGGGAGGACGACAUCUCACAGAUCGUUUUCAUCUAUUUCAACUCCUUUCUACAGUCGUUUCAGGGGUUCUUCGUGUCUGUGUUCUACUGCUUUCUAAACGGAGAGGUGCGUUCAGCGGUAAGGAAGCGGUGGCACCGUUGGCAGGACAACCACGCUCUCCGAGUGCGAGUGGCACGAGCCAUGUCCAUCCCCACGUCUCCGACCAGGAUCAGCUUUCACAGCAUCAAACAGACCACAGCCGUGUGACCAGGGGUGACAAGCACAUCCUGUAAUCUCCUCUGCAGCCUCCGAGGGAACUUACUCACUCUUCAACACAAGGGAGUGAUUUACAGAACAGGCUGAUUCCUCUGAUGUGAGCCUGAGUGUGUCCAAUGUCGCUGGAGCUCCAGGAUAUUUCAUUUUUUUGGUCACACUUAAACUGCACAUAAAACAAAGUGGACAUGUACAUUUCCCCGUUACUCACUAGAUUUAAGUGUCAUCUGUCCCUUAUUAUCAUCUUUCUGCCUGGUGGUCAUUAGAGGAGCAGGAUAAUCCUGCAGGAUUUGCAGCAGGAUACUUCCCACACUUGCAGGCAUGUGGGUCCAUUGUUACGUUGAGGGACUGAGUUUGACUCAUAUGCAUUCACAGUGUUGCCAGAACAUCCAUUUGUAUUUAGUGCGACGAACAUCAAAAUGCAAACUUGCUCUUUGAAUGAACUGCUCCUCGGCACCAACAGCUGCUUCUGACAGCCGGAGAAGAAGCUUUGGGGAAGGAGGCGAAUCACCUGAAUUAAAUAUAAUAAUGAAAAACUAAAGGGAAUAAAAGGCGAAAGGGUUUGAAAGAGCCACUGCUCUCUGCAGCGUAAUAAAGUGUGAAGUGAAUAACUGGUGUUCACCUUAACACAAUCUGAACAAGUGUACACUUUGGUCAAUGUGACUAUUUUAUACAAAGAAGCCAUUUUAAUGGAGCCUCUAUAAUGUUUCCUCAGAGGACGCUUCUCCUUCAACUCUGUUCUUUCAUACAAUGUUGAAUUUGAAAUCUCAUAUCAUGUUGUUUUAAACAUUUUUUAAAUGGAUAUUCACAAGGUAAACUCUUGUUUCAGAUAUUUGAUUCUGCCUUUAUUUUCCCCCUUUGUUGCAUCUUGCCCAUUUCCCCUCAGAGAAGGAGGGAAUCAACAUAAAGAGCGUUUAAAACGUUGUGUGUUGGAAUUCCCUCCAGGAUGAUGGUUGGUGGACAGCCCCAAAUUAAAGCUCUCCUCCGGACGAGUAAAGAAGAGAUUUAUUUUAAAGCAAUUUACGUAAUGUAUACUGUGUGUGUUAUGUGCCAUGCAUGGAUUUAUCGCGCAGGCACGGUGGAAGCAGAUUAAAAAAUCCUUUAGCCCUAUGAGAUCCUUGCAGCUUUCUCGUAAUCAGCGUCGCAGCUGUAAGCCGCUGGCUGCCGCAGAGAGGAGCCUGAUAAAGUGAGCACCGAUUGCUUCCCCUAAACAUUUGCCCCGGUCAGAUCAACAUUUCAACUCUCACAUCUGCUGCAGGCUGCUCAAACAGACUGUGAACGACCAUGUGUGCAGUGACACACAGAAAAAACCAGCAAGAAGAUGGAGGGAAUAUUCUAUCAGUGAUCCAAAACACCUGAUGAAUGAGCAUAAAUGCUGAUGUUUCUGUGUUUGACUGUUUUCCGCUGCUGAAACUGAAACUGGUGCAGGUUCACGUAGACUUUCACCAAAUCGUGCAUCCAACUCAUGGCAAGAAUGUACAUAAGAAUAUUUCCCCUAAAAUACUGAACAUUUAAAAAAAAUUAACAUUCCUGUUUGUUUUGUAUUUGUUUACUUGUUUCUUAUUUAACUAUUUAUAUUUUUUUAAGUGAAACGGUAUUAAUAUCAACUGGAUCUACAGUUCUGCAGAGUUUAGAUAAAAGAAAAAAGUGAAAUAAAGCACACAGAGUUUCUGUGAGAUCUGUGGAAAUGUAUUUUAAAGUGUUGUACAGGACAUUCAGAUUUUGUCAGGUUUCGUUUUACAACGUACUCGUCAAAUUUGUAUUUUGUACAUUUUAUUUACCAUACCGUGCUGCUCAAUACUGAUGGUAUAUGUUGAUCGCGUGAUUUUAAUGUGAAUAUUUGAUUUGAUUUCAUGUAGCUAUAACCCUGCAAACCCCCCAUGGCCAUCAUAAACACACACAAAAAAACAAUACAAUAUAGUUGUGAAAGAUUUUAUACAUAAUCAAGUGAAUAAGAUAAUUUAUUUAAAACUCACCAAAGAGACGAAACUACGUUUACCAACAUCCAGAGUUUUUAUCGUCUGCAUAUUUAUAUUGUCGCCACUGCACUUUGUAAACCAAUUUCUUGUUAUUACAUGUUCUUUUCUACAUCAUUUAUUCUACAUGAUCAAAUGUAUUCGAUGCGGAGUGAUGUCAGAUUUGGUAACGUGGAACUGAACAGUUGACCUGCUGAUCUUAUCGAGAACUCUUAGUUGAACCACCCAUGUUGCCUUACAAAACGAAAAGGAAAUGCAUUUUUAAUUUGUGAAAAGGAAGUUAAUGUCUCUGUAAAUGAUGUAUCAUGGUGUUAUUGCUAUAUAUUUGUACAUACACACAUGAAAGGAAGAAAAAAAUACAUUAAUUUGAAUUAAAAUCAAACUCUCAUUGUU